CACAUCAAUGCUGGGGGCGGAACCCAGGGCUUCGUGCAUGCUAGCUCAGGACUCUACCCACUGAGCCACGUUCCCUUGCUCGCUCCCUUCAGGUUUGUGACCAACGGAACCAGUAGGUUUACAGUUAACAAUGCCCCUCCGCCGGGAUACUCAGAAUUCCCAAUCUGGAACAAAGAAGCCUCGCCUAGAAGCCACGCCUCUCUGUGAGGUCACAGAGGGUUCGCCCGUAUAGCGGAGCCAAUAGGAACCCUGGGCGGGGCCUUUGGGGCGGAGUAGCCAGCGGCGGCGGCGGCGGCGGGCGCAGCGCAGCGGCGCGAUGGACCCGCCAGCUCGUCCUCCCGUCUCCCGCCCACGGGCUCGUGGUCGCCCGCCGCCGCCGGAGACGCUGCCCACUGCGGGCUUCGACGACGAGCUGUACGACUGCCUGGACUACUACUACCUGCGUGACUUCCCGGCCUCUGGAGCUGGCCGCAGCAAGGGCCGGACGCGGCGCGAGCAGCAGCUGCGCACCAACCACACGGUGCCCGGCGGCCACGAGCGCAAGGUGGCGCAGACCCUGAUCAACGGGCAGCGCAAGCGGCGCCAGCGCCAGCUGCAACCGCGGCCCCGCACGCGCCUCACCUGAGCGGGAAACCUGAAAGACCUGUUAAAAGUAUUUUCAACUGUAACUGAGUUCCUCCAUGUUGGUCAACAGGACUUUUUUUUGAUAGUG